CCGGAAUAAACCUAUAGUGGGCAACAAUGCACGAUGGUGGAACCUCCCGAAAAGCGAACGAAGAAGACAGAAUGCUAGUUCACAAUUUCACAGAUUGGUUGAAAACAAACACGCGAAUAUGUGCAGUUGGUAACAAACCCAUCACCUGCUGCAGUCACUGAUGCCUUAUUAUCAUGAAAGGUGUCAGCACACAGAAGAAAUCCACUGGUUAUCAACGGGUCGUGUUGAAGAACUCUGCACCGUACCAAUACCUGAAGACCUGCCUAGUUCUAGAAAAUGAGUCCACCAGACUGAGUGCAGUGGAAUUCAAGCAAUUCAUCAUCACAGGUCUAAAGAUUCUUUAUGGAGAGGUGGGAGCAGCUUUAACAUUUGACGUGUUGAAAUACGAUGAAGACAGCCGCACUGCUUUUCUGCGUGUGCCAAGCAGGGGUUUAGUAAAGCUGUGGAGCUCUCUGACCCUGCUGGGCUCUUACCAGGACCAGGCCUGUGCUUUCAGGAUACUACAGGUGUCUCCGUUCCUGCUGGCACUGACAGGAAACAGCCGUGAGUUACAGCUGGACUGAAAUAGAGGAGUGUUGUUUCCUAAAGGAUGACUUUAAUA